CAGCACAGCCCGGUUCAAGACAACUCACCGGAGGAAGAGGAACAACGCAAUUUACGGGGUGAACCGGGAGCUGGUGUCCAUCUUAUUUACACCGGUGAGACUGCUAAAUUUUUCAUCUGUCGAGUUUUGCAGAAAUAUACAAGUUGAAAGCCGGGUCUACAGACAUGAGCAGUUCAGAGGAAGUGUCAUGGAUCUCCUGGUUCUGUGGACUGAGGGGGAAUGAGUUUUUCUGUGAGGUGGAUGAGGACUACAUCCAAGACAAGUUCAACCUGACGGGCCUCAAUGAACAGGUUCCCCAUUACCGUCAGGCCCUAGACAUGAUCCUGGACCUCGAACCAGACGAGGAGCUAGAGGACAAUCCCAACCAGAGUGACCUGAUCGAACAGGCAGCAGAGAUGCUGUACGGCCUCAUCCACGCACGCUACAUCCUCACUAACCGAGGCAUUGCACAGAUGUUGGAGAAGUAUCAGCAGGGAGACUUCGGCUAUUGCCCCCGUGUGUAUUGUGAGAAUCAGCCAAUGCUUCCUAUCGGUCUGUCAGAUAUCCCAGGAGAGGCCAUGGUGAAGCUGUACUGCCCAAAAUGCAUGGAUGUCUACACACCCAAAUCCUCCAGGCACCACCACACAGAUGGAGCCUAUUUUGGCACUGGUUUCCCCCACAUGCUGUUCAUGGUUCACCCUGAGUACAGGCCCAAGAGGCCUGCCAACCAGUUUGUCCCAAGGCUGUAUGGGUUCAAGAUCCAUCCCAUGGCCUACCAGCUGCAGCUGCAAGCCGCCUCCAGCUUCAAGAGCCCCGUGAAGGCCAUCCGCUAGAGUGUCCAGGACAGAGGAGGAGGAAGAGGAGAAAGAUUCAUAGAGAGAGUGAGAAGACAGGAAAGAAUUAUUGGCAGAAGGGGAGGGGUCACCUGCAUUUUACAAAGCUCUUCAGAUGUCCCCUCCCCCACCCUGAAGACUGUAUUAUUUUGAUUUAGAUUAGGGCAAAUGAAAACAAGGUGUAAAGAUUUUUGAGUGUGAGCAAGACAUAAAAACGCACAGCCACGAUCUUAAUCACAAACACACACACACAUUCACACACACACACACACACACACACACACACACACACACAAAGAAAUAACAAAUGCAGCAGCACACUUUGGGAUUCCAUACACGUACCUUACCAAACUCAGCAGUGCCAAAAACAGGAGGUGAAGUAAGAGGAAACUACAAUACAGGGGCUCCACACUGCUGCACCUGUGCACUCACAAUACAGCACACUGAUAAGAAAAUUAUAUAAUCGGUGGGUGACGCUGCAGGGAAUUUUUCCCUGUAGAAAGGGUUUUUGUGUCCAGGGCUUUUAGAUGGAAAGCUGAAAAAAGUGCAAUGGCUGAGUCAGUGUUCACCUCUGACUCUGUGUUUGUUCUGUAUUUGGCACAGUUUGGUAAUGGGUGGUGGUAAACCCUCUGUCAUUCGAAGCCUCCUCUCCUUAUUAGUCCCCAAAAUGCAUGUACACUCAGGCUGGCACUCCCAGAGACAGUUUGGACAGUGGCAGUGGGUAUUUUUCUGUAACCGUCAUUUGUAAAAUUUGGUUUUGUCUGAUGUUUUGUGGUGUUGGUGCACAAAACAUUUUGUUAAAUUUGCCUUAAGAUGCGCAGAAAACACCCAGAUUGUUUAGCUUUACAAGAGGCAGGAGCAAAACUAGUUUCUUUUUUAAAUUUCUUUCUGCUGUUAGAGUAGUAGAAAUAGAUCAAAACUAACACGACUUUCUGAAUAGUUCAGACACGUAUAAUAAGCCUGUGUCAUUCUCCAGCUGUCUGUGCGUGUGUCAAACAACUGUCUGUAUUGGUACCGAAGUGAGAGAAUAUAACCUGUUCUACAUUUUUCCGAGAGCCCCCGUCCCCAGCAGCAGGCUUACCUGCAUUUGUAUUGUUACCCCCUUCCCUCGUAGCUUCUUCUCCCCUAAAGAAAUAGAUUGACAUUUUGGGGAAUGUGAUCAUUCACUUUAUGGCAGAGAGUUAGAUGAGAAGAUUUAUAUCACUGAUGUCUGUAUGAUAAAUGUGAAGCUACCACUAGUAGCCAGUUAGCUUCGACUGGAAGCGGGGAAGCAGCUAGCCUGGCUCCGUUCAGCUGUUAGAAAAUCAACCCACCUAGAACUUCUAAAUCUCAGUAAUUAACACUUUAUCUCUUGUUUGUUUAACUCACCCAACAUCCUAAGUGCAACAACAUCAAAUGGUUGUGUGCCACUUAGCAGUUGCUAGGCAACCAGCUAGGUAACCUACACUUUUUGUGUAGGUGGUUUUGCUUUCAUUUGAUAGUUAACAGUGAAGAGGCAGACAGGAAACAUGAGAUACAACAAAGGUCCCAGGCCAGAAACGAAUCGACGCUGCGGUUAUGUAGCUUGCAUUGCUGUAACAUGUUUUUUUUACAUGUUGGUUUUUUUUUACGUAUUCAAUGAACAAGAUAUACAGUGUUUAUUGGUGAGCUUUAUGGCUGCUGGUUUUAGAUAAAGCGCACUAAUUAAAACAUUACGUCCUUUGUUGAUUCAAAAGCCGAAAUGUAAAAAUUACAAGUUGCUAUUUUAUGGAUGAUUUACACGCAAGUUAGCAGUUGCUAGGCAACCAAUGUUCUAGAACAUUACUGGUCCCAGCUAAGGUUCAAAUUAACUGUAACACUACAACAAGCCAUUUUUACACUGCUGUACUGUUUAAACACACGAGUGUUAAAUAGCGAGCUCUACAGAUGUUGACCAUUCUAUUUAGUCCAUUCAUGAAAGUGUGAAAAUAACAGAUUGCCGUUUAGAGGUGGUUUGGCCCGGUUUGCAGUUGCUAGGCAACCAUAGUUGACUCCAGAAAGUAUUGGUCUCAGCCAUUAAAUAGUCAGUUACAGAACCUUGUGAAAAAAUAGUAAGUUGUCGUUUUUAUACCUUUUGUACGGAUUAAACAAACAAACAAGACAAGGUGUACCGUUUUAAUCAGUGAGCUUUAGAGGUGGGUUUUGUCACCGCUGGACAGAGAGAUGCUAUCAUUUUCCGUGUUUCUAGUCUUAAUGUUAAGACUAAAUCAAGCUAACCUUCUGCUGGUUGUAGCUUCACAUUCAGCAGACAGAUAUGAGAGAGGUGUCAGUCUUCACUCUACCCCAAAAGCGAAUCUUUCCCAUAUUGUCCAUCUAUUCCUGUAAAGAUCAAGCAGGAGACUCAGAGAAAGAGGAAUUUAGACAAUCUGAAUCCUUCAGCUCACUCCACCACUGCACUGAUCCAUCCUCCUGGUGUCUCUCCACAGCAGUCUCAUUAUUUAUGUUCAGGUUUAGAGACAGAUCACCAGCUAGUUUGUGUUUCUGAAACCGUGGGGCAGAUACUCAGUUGCCCACCCUCUUCACCCCCCUUUACUUUUGUGUGACUGGAAUAGAUUGUUUUUUGGAUUCCAUAAUACAAGAGAAACGGUAUUUAUGUGUCCAGAUUUUAACUAAUGUUUGCCUGUGUUGUUGUUGUCUUUCUGCGACUGUGGAAGGGUGAGCAGGAUUCAGAAUUCUCAAUAAACUUCUAUUUUCUUUUCAUA